AGUCUAAAUCAACGAACUUUCGAACCGCUGCGUAUUACCGGGUCUUCUCCAUUUUACGUAUCCUUAGUGGAAUGCAUCGCACUGUGUUGGCAAAUCUAAAAGCCAUAAAAGAAAAAUAAAUCCUUGUUUAUAAUAAUUUCACUUGUGUAGUGCAUCCAAUUAAGACGGUUUUGUGAAAAUUAAGUGCGCUUACCCACAUAUUUAAUACUAAGCCAUUGAAAUGUGAAAAAUAUAAAUUUAUCUAAAUUGCACGUGUUGGAAAUAGGUGACAAAAUGUCUGAUUCUUCAAGAUAUUCUUCAUGGUUUGCUCUAGUAAAUGAUCAUCUUUCUAAAACAAGCUUAAAGUAAAAUGGUGGCAGUUCAAGUAAAACAUCGCUUAAUAUUGUGCUUGACAGUGCUUCAGACUCAUUGGCAUCUUGGUGGACUCGUCCAAGAAUGCUCUUACCAAAUCUUAGCUCAAAAGAUAACUCAAUUAGAAAAAUUCUAGAUCAACAAGUAGCCAAUAUGCUUAGAGCUAAAGAAAGGGAACUGGAAGAAGAAAAGCAAAACUAGAAGAUGAAAUGAAACGUCUGUAUUUAGAGAACAACAAGAAUUCCGCCAUUGAUUUAAUUAACAAAAGUUAACUCCUACCAAAGUGGAGCUGUUAUUCCUAUUGAAGUUUACAGAUUGUGAUGAGGUAGAAGAGAGAGCUGGAAACUCGGACCCUAUACUUCCAUGUAUAAAAGACAUGUCAUAUAUUUUGAAAGGGAAAGUGAAGAUGGGAAAAUGUUCUAUAUUUGCCAAAGUAUUGACGUAAAGAUAAAGAGAUCCCUACAAAAAUCGUUAGAUUUGAUUUCACACCGUCACCUUGUGAUAUAAUAAAAGAAAAUUUAAGAAAACAGACUUCAUCCAAAAUUUAUGUAAUGGACUUGACCAAGUUUGUCUAAAUAUUUCUUAUGUUAUUAUUUUCUCAUAAACCAUUCUUUAUUUACCUAGCUUAGAUAUAGAUGAUCAUUACCAUUAUUAAAUCAUGAUAGGACCUUGUUAUUAAAUCCCAAACAUAAUGCAUGGAUAUGCGUUUUUAUUUACAGCGGUAGUAGGUACCUACAAUAUUUUGUAAUGUUAGUGCAUCUGCCGGCUGGCUGCGCAUGUAUCGCGUUCAUUAUCGCACUACAAGUACUGUGGGGUGAUGCAGGGGUGGCGCGCGGCGUGCGGGACGCAUCCGCGUCGGGCUAACGGCUCGUCCUCGCCGCGACGCGGUGCGCGCGCUGACGUCACCGCUCGAUAAUGGCCGCCGCCGCCCGACCCCCCGCGGCCGCCGCUCCCGUCGCCGCGAGCUCAGUCUCUCUUCGACCCGCUAGCGACACGAGUGCCUCUACGCCAACCGGUCCCCGCGUUACAUAUUGUGAUAUCAGUGCUCAAGUGUACCAUGGUGACAGUGUCUUUCUUAGCGAGUACAAGAAAUCUGUGACAAUUUUCAAGGGGAGUGACGACGGUAGCCGAUCUCUCGCAUACCGUACUAUAUUCGGCGGCGAGAUGUCGGUGAUGCAAAAGCGUCAGCACUGCUACUUGUGCGACUUGCCCCGCAUGCCGUGGGCUAUGUUGCACGAGUUCUCGGAGGCGGUGUGCCGCGGCUGUGUCAACUACGAAGGUGCGGACAGGAUCGAGGUGGUCCUGGACACGGCGAGACAGCUGAAGCGUGCACAUGGAUUUCAGGAAGGCCGUGGUCCGACGCACGCCAAACCUGCGCACAGGACACCGUUAGAGGCCCAUCAGAAUGGCGCCGAAACGACAUCCAGGGGACAGCCAGCACCACCGGCGCACCACGCUCCCACCACCGCAUUUACUUUACAUCACUCACGACCAGCGACGAAUGCAGGACUGCUUGCAGAGUACGGAGGUCGCAGGGAAGAGCAUGAAAAUAGGCGGAUGGCACAUUUGCCUCUCGCUCAUAUCCCAACUCACAGAACAGCACAACUGGCUCCAGGACUAACGCUUAAACGACCGUUAGAUGAUGAUGAUCACCAGACUCAUCAUGAGCCUACGAAGAGGCUUCUGGAAGAACACUCACGACCACCGCUAACUCGGGGUGAUUCUCUUCCCGCCGUCUCACUCGCUGCUGCGUUUGCGCCUGAACGGGCUUUCAAACAAGAGAAACAUCCACUAAGGACACCUUCUUUUGAUGCUUCUUUUAAAACUAAUGGGUACGCCAACAGCGCUCCACUCACAAAUGGCUCGGCAGGAUCGCCUCUGGGCCGCACAGCUGGAUCCCCGCCUGUAUCAGGCGCAGGUUCUGGGCCGUCUCCCAUGGCCGCUCUCAUGUCAGUGACUGACACGCUGCCACCAGGAUCCCCACGAUCGGCUGGAGGAUCACCGCCUCAGCCUCCGCCUCAGCGGUCAGCUAGCCGGUCUAGCCAGCAUUCGCCCAACUCAUCAGGGUCGAACGGCGGGCGGCGGUCGUCGGGCUCGCGGCACGUGUCGUCCACCACGUCGGUGUCGUCGACGGAGGCGGGCGAGGGCGCGGAAGGCGCCGCCCCGGCGCCCGCGCCGCUGCUCAAGUGCACGCUGUGCCAAGAGCGCCUCGAGGAUACCCACUUCGUGCAGUGCCCCAGCCAGCCGCACCACAAGUUCUGCUUCCCCUGCUCGCGAGACUCCAUCAAGCGGCAGCAAGGAUCUGAGGUGUACUGCCCGAGUGGCGAGAAGUGCCCCCUGGCGAAUUCAACCGUGCCCUGGGCGUUCAUGCAGGGCGAGAUCGCCACGAUCCUCGGCGAGGAGUUCAAGCCGAAGAAGGAGCGGGAGACUUAAGGCAGCACAGCGCCGCCCGACUUUAGCUCUUGUCCCUCUCGCUGUUGAGCGCAGAGGCGUGGUGCGGAGAGCGCCCGCGGCCGCAGCGCCGCGCGCCGGCUCUGUUGGGAACGUGUCCGUGUCGAACCGAUCACUUGUAUAUACCUUGUAAAUAAGUAGGCUCUGUCGGCACCUCGCUCGAGGCCGGCAUUCGGAUUGGCUUCCCGCGCGAUAUGAACCGUAUUCAGCGUAAUGGAUGUGUCACUGCACUGGUUGCCAUCGCGAGACGCGUCCGAGUCGGUAGCGUUAAGUGUUUUAAUGCGAUGUUAGUAUUGCAAUAUUCUGAAUAUAGUACAUAUCUGUUUUCGAAGAUUUUACGAUUUCUGUCUUUAUACGUUGGGAGAGUCGUUCCUGGAAACGUUGUAUUUUUAUCUGAAGUGACUAGUGACUCCCGACGCGCGUCGUAUCGGGAGAAGGGAUUUCUUCGGAUGCCAUUUUCUUAGUUACCUUUAGGUCCCGAACCAUAGUUAACUUGGCAUUUAUUUAUAUUGUGAUUCUUAUACACUAUACGAGUAUUAUGCGAUAUAAUUAUGAUCAUGACAUUUUGUGUAGCCACGUACGGCCUGUAAAACGUAGUUUCGGAUAAUGUAAGCGCGUUGCGCAUUGUACAGAUAUUAGCUCGAUGUAUAUUUGUAUUUAUUACAUUCGGCGCAUGAGAAAUAGUGUUGUUUUGUAUUACGAAGCGAUUUAUUCAGAGUGGCUCGAGUUCCGUUAGUCUUUCAUUCGGCGACAAGGUUCGGUCAGGAGAUGACUUUAGUUUAGUUUGGCGGUGGAGAGGCGUUACGGCGUUGUGUUACGAUUGGAGAUCAUUCAAAAUUGUUGUUUUUCUUGUUUGGCUCUGGGAGCUUUCGAGGUUGGUUGUCGCGUAGGGUAGAGGGGCUCCACGCGGAGCGGGCUGGUGGCCGAGGGGCCGCAGUAUUAGCGGGCUCGCUUGUGCGCUGAGGCGCACCUAGUCAUUUUGUGAAAUGUCAAAUCGUCAGAUCCGCGGGCACGCGGCCGUUAUAGGAACUCUUAAAACUCGCUGCUGUAUUUGUAUAAAGUGAAGUAAUUAUCAUUAUAUUAUUAUUAUUAUAUAUGUCAUAAUGUUAUACAGUUUGUAGUGUGUCAAUUUCGAAGGCUAUCAGAUGACGGCCGUUUAGCUUUGAAUUUUGCUUUCGCACUUUUACUUGGCUUUGAACCUAGUUUGUGAAGCUUGUGUUGAGUUUUCUCGCGAUAGGAGCCGAUAGCCGGCUCAGGGGUCUACUUAGCGGCAGGCACUUCACGGUCUGAUCGUUGAACUGUCGUUUCGGUGUACGGGUUGAGACCGAGCGCCUUCGGUUCUUAUAGUUUGUCAUUAUAUAUGCCUCGUACAGUGUGUUAUCUGUAGUGUCAUAUCCAUAAGCGAGACGCAGCGUGACUUUAAACACUGCGUAUUUACUGAACAUUCAAUCAAAUUGAUAUGUCCUUUAUUUAUUUUAGAUAUUUGUGUACAUAUACGUACGUUGUAUAUACUUCGUCUACUUGUAAAUAAUAUAGAUAUCGUGGAGCGGCUAAAAUGCCCAGUCAGUAUUACUAAGUACUGUGAACUUUGUAGUUACUUAUAAUAGAUCACAUUAUUUUGUCACAUGAAACUAGUAUUGACGUUUCUUUAUCAUCACAUGUAACUGUUCAAUUAACAAUGUAUUCUAGUAUCGCAUGCAUUUUAUCAUUCUCGGGUCGCAUCGUACCACUUGCAUAAUUAAACUCACAAUAUCUGUUUACAGAAAUAAAUAAAUAUUUAUUGUUUUUGAUGUAAUUAAAGAACCGUUAAAUGAUAGUUACUCUGUACUAUAUUGAUGUUUUUAAUAAUGCUUUUUAUAUUGUAUUAUUUUUUAUUAACAAGCAUGCAUAAUAUUGAACUUUUUUGGGCUAUCUAAGGUUCUUCUGAUAGAUUUCGAAAUUGAAUGUAGUAUCAGUGGAAUUUUGCCCGAGCUCGGGGAUAUAACAAAAUAAAAUUCGUAUGCCAAAGUGUGGCAAAUAGUAAAAGUUGUAAGCACAAAAUGUGCAUCUUUUUUACGCCUCUGAGAUGUUGAAUGUUUUCUGUGUUGGAACAGAAGAGAUCUUGACUUUUAUGUUUUCAAAAAUAAAGUUGAUGAUUUUGUAAUUACUCAAAUAAAUGUAACACAGUAAUAAAGUUGUUUUAUGGUGUUUCGGGGGCAUACUAUAACGCCCCUACUUUAUACUAUUGUUAUUAGAUAUUAAGAUGAAACUUUUGUGAUUCGAUCGAUGUUCAGAUGGCAUUUAACAUCUCAAAGUGUUAUAGUCCGCCUUUAUCAAUAGGCUUGUAUGUAGAUUGACGGAGAGUCAUCCAAAUAUUAUGAGACUUGUAUCUUUCUUACUGUAAGCAGCAAAUGAAAUGCUUUGAUUAAGACGUUAAUGUAAAUGUUGGUGAAAUACAAUUGAUGUGAUUUUGUAA